UGUAAGUGGGGCCUACUCACCAACACCCAUUUGGAAUCUUUUGGGCCUUGUGGGCCUUGUGGGCUUCGUAGAGUGUGAAAGAAAAGGAAAAAACGAAAAAGAUUGACGUACAGCUGGCAAGUGGAUAAGGACACGUUUGCCCUUCAAGUGUUUUUUUUAAGAAGGGACUGUUUGGUUUGUGGGAAAAUUCAUGAUUAGUUUAAUAAUGAUUUUCAUUUUGAUGAGAGUAUUUUAUUAAGAGUUUGGAUUACAUACGAUUCUAUCAAUAAUUAUGAUGAGGGGGAUGGAUUGACUGGGUUUUUCGAACAAAAAUGUAUUUGUUUGUUUUUAUUUGCGGCGGCUUGAGUUUUUUGAUUGAGAUUUGAGUGCCUUUUCCAAUUGCCAAUUGGGCAUGGAUGGGAUAUGGAAGUCCACUCUUUUUCAAGAGAAAACAAAAGGGAAAAUGGAUUAGUCCUCUUGUUUGUUUGACACAUGGAGAACUACCUGAGGAAAAACUUCGACGUCCAACCCAAACGACCAUCCGAAGAGGCUCUACGGAAAUGGCGAUCCGCAGUAUCCAUCGUCAAGAACCCUCGCCGCCGGUUCCGCAUGGUGGCUGAUCUUGCUAAACGUGCCGAAGCUCAAAGAAAGCGUCAAAAGCUCCAGGAGAAGAUCCGAAUUGCCCUAUGCGUGCAAAAGGCAGCAUUGCAUUUCAUUGCUGCGGGUAAUCGAGCCGAAUACAAGCUUUCCGACGAGGUAAAGCAAGCCGGAUUCCACAUUGAACCUAACGAACUAGAAUCCGUUUCUCGGUCCCAUGACACCAAAACCCUAGAGUCACAUGGAGGACUUGAAGGCUUAGCCAAGAAAGUCUCCAUUUCCUUAAAAGAUGGUGUUGUUUCAUCACACGUGCCUGUUCGGCAGAGGAUCUAUGGAUGUAAUAAAUAUGCAGAGAAACCUUCCAGAUCAUUCUGGAUGUUUGUUUGGGACGCCCUUCAUGAUCUGACCCUGGUUAUUCUCAUGGUAUGUGCUGCUGUCUCUAUAGGCGUCGGUAUUGCUACUGAAGGAUGGCCGUCGGGUAUGUAUGAUGGGCUCGGGAUUGUCCUUUGCAUUUUCCUUGUGGUGCUAGUCACUGCAGUCAGUGACUACCGACAGUCAUUGCAGUUCAAGGAUUUGGACAAAGAGAAGAAAAAUAUAAUUGUUCAGGUGACUAGAGAUGGAUGCCGGCAGAAGAUUUCAAUCUAUGAUUUGGUGGUAGGAGACAUUGUUCAUCUAUCUAUUGGAGACCAGGUUCCGGCUGAUGGGGUUCUUAUAUCUGGUUAUAGCUUGUCAAUUGAUGAGUCAAGCUUAUCCGGUGAGAGUGAGCCGGUGGGUAUAACCAAAAAGAGGCCUUUUCUUCUCGCCGGAGCUAAAGUCCAGGAUGGCUCCGGAAAAAUGUUGGUCACUUCCGUUGGGAUGAGAACAGAGUGGGGGAGACUGAUGGUAACUCUGAGUGAAGAUGGUGACGAUGAAACGCCAUUGCAGGUGAAGCUCAAUGGGGUUGCUACUGUCAUUGGGAAAAUUGGUUUGGCCUUUGCAGUUUUGACAUUUUUGGUUCUGACGACGAGGUUUUUAGUUACCAAGGGGAUGAAAGGCAUGAUUGGACAAUGGUCAAUGGACGAUGCCGUGGUGCUGUUGAAUUUCUUCGCCAUUUCCGUGACCAUAAUCGUCGUGGCAGUUCCGGAGGGGCUGCCACUGGCGGUGACACUGAGUCUUGCAUUUGCGAUGAAGAAAUUGAUGAAUGAUAAAGCUCUGGUGAGACAUCUUUCUGCUUGUGAAACAAUGGGUUCUGCUACCUGCAUUUGCACGGAUAAAACAGGGACAUUGACGACCAAUCACAUGGUCGUUCAUAAAAUCUGGACAUGUGGAGAAACAAGAACAGUUCAAAGCAAAGGAAAUCUUGAUGAGCUCAAAUCCUCUGUUGCUGAAACAGUACUAGACAUCCUCCUGCAAUCAAUUUUUCAGAACACCGGAUCAGAGGUGGUCAAAGGAAAAGAUGGGAAGAACACCAUUUUGGGUUCUCCCACAGAAACAGCGAUUUUGGAGUUUGGCCUGAAUCUCGGGGGUGACUUCAAAGUUCACCGAAGGGAGUCUGAGAUAGUGAAGGUUGAACCUUUUAAUUCAGUGAAGAAGAAAAUGGCUGUGCUUGUUUCUGUUUCGGACAGGGCCGGAUUCAGGGCUUUCUGCAAAGGUGCAUCGGAAAUCAUUCUAUCAAUGUGCACUAAGAUCAUGAAUUCUGAUGGGAAAGUAGUUGCUUUAUCCGAUGAUCAGAGACGGGACAUUUCUGGUGUCAUCAAUGGCUUUGCUGAUGAAGCUCUAAGAACUCUCUGUUUGGCUUUUAAAGAUGUUAAUGACGUUUCUAAUUCAGACAGUAUUCCUGAAGAUAAUUGCACACUCAUAGCAGUGAUCGGAAUCAAGGAUCCAGUCCGGCCUGGGGUGAAGGAAGCCGUCCAGACUUGUUUAGCUGCUGGGAUUACGGUCCGGAUGGUCACCGGUGACAACAUCAAUACUGCUAAAGCCAUAGCCAGAGAAUGCGGCAUUCUGACAGAAGACGGUCUGGCUAUUGAAGGGCCCGAAAUCCGGAAUAAGAGUCCUGAGGAGUUGGUAGCGUUGGUGCCAAGACUGCAGGUCAUGGCUCGAUCCUUGCCUCUGGAUAAGCACACACUGGUUAUCCAUCUGAGGAAGCAUUUCGGGGAAGUGGUAGCGGUCACUGGUGACGGAACCAAUGACGCCCCUGCCCUGCACGAGGCUGACAUAGGACUCGCCAUGGGCAUUACCGGAACAGAAGUUGCGAAAGAAAAUGCCGACGUUAUCAUAAUGGAUGACAACUUCACCACCAUUGUGAAUGUUGCCAGAUGGGGUCGUGCAGUUUAUAUCAACAUACAGAAGUUUGUACAGUUCCAGUUGACAGUUAAUAUCGUUGCUCUAAUUCUCAACUUUGCUUCUGCAUGCAUUUCAGGGUCUGCUCCUCUCAAGGCUGUUCAGCUGCUAUGGGUGAACAUGAUCAUGGACACUCUUGGUGCAUUAGCAUUGGCCACAGAACCUCCGCAUGAGGGGCUGAUGAAAAGGCCUCCUAUUGGGAACAAUGAGAACUUCAUCACCAAGAUCAUGUGGAGGAAUAUCCUUGGCCAGAGCAUUUAUCAGCUGGUCAUUCUUGCCAUCCUCAACUUCAACGGGAAAAGUCUUCUGAAACUCUCUGGUUCAGAUGCUACUGAUACUCUUAAUACAUUCAUUUUCAAUACCUUUGUGUUCUGCCAGGUGUUCAAUGAGAUAAACAGCAGAGACAUGGUGAAGAUAAACGUUAUCAGAGGGAUCUUCGAUAGCUGGCUUUUCAUGGCGGUGAUGGUCUCCACAGUGGCUUUCCAGAUCGUGAUUGUUGAAUUCUUAGGCACUUUUGCAGAUACCGUGCCACUCAGUGGAGAAUUAUGGCUGGCUAGCAUUUUAGCUGGAGCAGGAAGCUUGAUUAUUGCAGCUAUCCUAAAGUGCAUUCCUAUUGGAACCCAAAAAGAAGCUGCUGCCGUAACCAAGAACCACGAUGGCUAUGAAGCCCUCCCGAGUGGUCCAGAUUUGGCUUGAGAUUGAUUGAUUUUGAGUUUCUUGGAGAACCAAAUGCACCAUCUUGCUGCAACCCAAGACAAGAGUCUUACCAAGUUGUCCUGUUCUUGGAUGAUCGGCUAAGGAAUUGCAAUUUUGCUGGGAACCAUUUCAAAUGAUUCAUUUAGAUUUUGUUCUCUUGUCCUGCCACGUAAAUUUCCCUUUAAUGAUAAUAAAUGAAGAAUCCUGAA